CAUCUUUUUUAGCCGAUUUAUGUUCCAGCUCAGUGCUGUUUCUUCUAGAGGUCUGCAGCACAGUGAGGAGUAACAAACUCUGUACACAAUGUUCAUGUGAUGACAUCCACAUGUGUGAAAAGGUCUAGUGAUGGACCUCAACUGCCUGAUUAAAUGAUGAUUCAGCAGAGACUGAGUAGAAACCUUUUGACAUUUUAUAAUGAUCUCACACAAAAACUAAAUCCAUUCAUAGAUAUUUUUAUUCCCUCUCGUUUAGCUCUGUAUUUGGUCUCUACCAACUCCUGAGGGAAAUAUGUGGCUCUUUAGUUGCUAGAUGCUCCACUAUGUUCACAAGCUGCAGUCUGCUGUUUUCUGCUGAGCGGGUGGUGGACAGGGGCUUUUUACAGCUUUUUCUCUGAAGACAGCUGCUGCUGCUGAAAGCAGUGAGAGUGAACCAAAACAGUAAAGUUGCCAGCCAGACAGGUAAAUGCACUGAACAAUCUUAUAACACUGUGUUUGAGGGGAGCUGUGAAUUCAGCUGAUAAACUUUCUUUGAACUCAUCACUACCACAGUCACUUUUCACACUGUCACCAUUAUUUAAUCUGUUGCUAAUAUAAAGAUAUUGAUUGUUGCGGCUUUGACUUCACUUCAUGUGGAUAAUAGAAGCUGAUGGUGGCAGUGGCAGGAAAAGUCAUUCAUCCUGUUGGAACUGAUUAUGCAAAGUUGUUUGUUAAUGAGAAUCAUUGUGUGAGCCAAAGGAAAACUCUGAAUGAAGAGUGCCACAAGGGGAAAGGUUAGGUCAGCAAGCUAGCAGAAUCAUUGGAAGAAAUAUUCACAACACAUGACAGAAAUCUGUCCUCUCAUGUUCUGCAGAUGAACUUCUGCCCUGCCAACAGGGAGAAAACACUGAUUAUGUACCAAGGUGGAUAUAUUUUAUGUGCAAUAUACAUAGUGAGGCAUUCAGACUGUUGUUGAGGUAGUGCUUCACAGUAAAAAAAAAUGCAUAAAAGAACAGAGCAUGAAAACAAGUGGAAAAACAGGUACUUGGCUAAAAAAAUUUAAAGACAAAACCAAUAGGAACUGCAAAGCAACAAAAGGUUUCAUUUUGAAAAGUGGUACAGACUGGCUGACAGGCUGGCCUGACAUUGAGGGGAGGCCAUUCCAAUAUGUUGGGGCUAAUACCGUAAGAGCACAGUCCCUCUUUGCUUUGGUUGGACAAUCUGAGUAUAAUGUUUUAAGUUCAGAAAUACAAGAGUGUGCCAGGAAAUUAAACUGAAUUCUGAAGUGUACAGGAAGCUAUUGUAGUUGGGCCUGAGUGGGGGUUAUAUCCUCUCUUCAUUUAGUAUUUGUCAAAAACCCGGCUGCUGAUUUUGGAGCAAAAAAUAGUUCUUUAAUUGCAAAAAACACAACUGAAACACAAAUCCAAGAUUUAAGAUUUCAAUCCCUGUUAAAUGUUCUGAGGUAUGGGCUAAUAUUCUUUUAAACUGGGUCUGGGCUAGUGACCAGGAUUUCUGUUUUGUUCAAAUUCAGUUGUAAACAUUUCUGUGACAUCCAGUCUUUAAGGUAAGGCAACAAUGUAGAUUAUCCAGAUUGUCAAACUUGAACAAAACAUAAAUCUGGGCAUAUUCUGCAUAACAGUGACAGGCAAUAAUUUUAAAGUGGUGAAUAAUAUAACCAAGGUGAAGGACAUGCACACUAAGAUAGGACCAAGGAUAGAACCUUUUGGAACCCCUUGUGACAUAUGAGCCGACAAUGAGACAGGGGGUGUUAUAGAGGUUUGAUGCCCUUCACAACUAAAUAAGCUAAAAAUGUGUCACUUCCCUCAUAUGAAGGAGGUAGACUUGUAGGUUUGAUUUCUCCCACCUUUGUUCUGCUCUUCUACAGUUGCUCUUUUAGUUGGCAAGUGUCAUCAUUUACUCAUGGUGAGGGAUCUUACUGGCACCUUGACCUUUCUCUAAUGGGAGCAAUGUGAUCUAAAACAGAUGAAUACAUUAAACUAAUCAACCAGGUAAUUUAUGGCGUGAAACUUGCUGCUAUACACCAAAACAGGAUGUGAAACUUUACUUCUUGUUUUCUUCUUCUGUGCAGUGGGUCUGUGUAUGUGUGUGUGUGUAUGUAUAGUAAAUCAGCUGAUGGGGUUUACUGAAGGUCAAUAGAUUAGUGUUCCAGGUGGUUCUCCUUAAAGCACCUCCUCUAAUUUAUAACCUGCAGUCCAGUGAAGCCUCACACAGACACACACACCUAAGGGGAUACGCAAAGCAGUCUCACUACAGCUUGGACAAAAACACAGUAUGGAUGGUGUCCCUCUGAAGGUGCUACUAGCUGACUUACAGGAAGUCAAAGAAGACAUCAAAGUCAUUAUCCCUGAUUAUCUCACCAUACUGCAGGAGACAGAGUAUGAGUUCAGUCUGGAGAACUGGGUGCUAACUGGGCUGCAGAGUGGCUUCACCAGCCAGCACUGGCCUCAGGUCUCCCCCUCUUCAUCAGGACUACUGCCAUCUUGUCCUCCAUACUGGAUGAUGUUUAAUAGCCCUCAGCAGAGCCGCAUGGCCUGCCGCCACAGCUCCGACUUCUGGGAGCCCAACCCUCGACAGCGCUCCCACAGCCUCAACCCCACCAUCCUGCGUGCCAAAUUCACCAUUUCAGACCCAAAGGACAAAGAGGAGAGCACUACACAGAAAGACCAGACAGGUGUGUCACUGACAAACUAUUCAAGUGGAGAGCAUCCUGCUGCUUCACGUCAGUGUGGUCAGCAGAAAGCACAGAAAGCCUUCGUCCCAGACCUGCUGAACCCUCCAGCUUGUUUGAGCAGCCUGCCACACCAGCGCAGAAAGAACCUAAGACAGUGCUCUCUCUCCUUUCUGGAGAUGCCCACACAUGAUCCCAAUGCAGACAGCCAAGCCCAAAGCCUGUCCUCACACACAACCCCUAACAUCAGCACCUCCAACACUAGAAUCGCCAACACCAGAGCUAAUACACUCCACAGGCUCCCCAGCAUCACCACCCACAGCACAGCGCAUACGACGUCUCUCAGGCCAGACUCCUGUAGAAACCCACCUGUAACCUCAACCCCCCGGGGUCUCCCCUCGUCUUGUUUGGACUCGUCAGCAGAGCUCCUGUCAGCUCUGAGCCCUGAGGAGAGAGAGUUGCUGGGGGCCGUCACAGCUCGGGGCUACCCUCUCCGUACUGCCAUUAUUGCCCUGCAGAAGACUGGCCAGCAGACCCCAGAUCAGAUCUUGAGCUACCUGGUCGCGUGUGACCACCUGUGUCAGCUGGGUUAUGACAUGGCUCAGGUAGAGGAGGCUCUGGAGAUGUUUCAAAACUGUGAAACAAAGGCGGAGGAGUUCCUUCAUCUGCUGAGUCAGUUUAACGAGAUGGGCUUUCAGCAGAACGCCAUCAAAGAGGUACUACUGGUCCAUGAGAACCACAGAGAACGAGCCCUUGAGGAGCUGAUGAUGCGUGUGGCAUGAUGGACAGCAGAUCAGCACACACACACACAUACACACACUUUACAAAACUCAGCUGCAACUUAAAAUCUAUGCUGUGCUGCGGGAAAAUUCUGACAUUAAUUUUGGUGAAGGCACUUUGGAAAAAUUACCUAACACAGAUUAUCAGAUUUAAUUUGAUGGCCCUCAC